CCCAUCGUUAUAAACUACAAUUAACAUCGUCACCAAGCCAAUAAAAAAAAAUCGUGAAAACGUCUGUGGAUUAAUUUAAACAAGUUCUACAGCAUCAAACAAAGAGCACUUCUAAACACUCUUGCAACAGGAACAAGUCAUGACGCGAGAGGUAUUUUUGCUUGUUCUUGGGGUCAUCUUGACUUCAUGGUGCACAGGUCAACGAAUUCAAACAGUGGAGGUGGGAAAUUCCCGUUAUUUUAUUUCCAAUGUGUCUCCCUACUCGCCAACCCUCAACUGGUUCCUUGCUUACGAGUACUGUCGCAACAUCGGCAUGGAACUCCUAUCCCUCGAACAGACAGAGGAGGCCACUGACGUUAACGCAUUUUUAAGAGAAAAUAAUUAUAUCAGCACUGACUACUGGACAAGCGGAAACCAACUUGGGUCAGCUAUGUGGCUCUGGAUGAGUACAGGUCAACCCUUCAAUAGCACUUUCAACUACUGGGGAGCUGGUGGACCACCUUUAACUAAAUCACAGCAAUCAUGUAUGAGUACCCAGGAAGCAACCUGGUCUCCCCACAAUUGCAUGGAUUCUAAGGCAUUCAUCUGUGAACAAACGCGCUGCUUCUACUACAAUUAUGUAACCACUAAUCGCGGCUCAAGCCAGGGGAAUACAACAGUUCUUCCCGGCAUCACACGUAUCACGAACAGGCCACAACUAAUCAGAGGAACAACUCGGCCUCAGACAGGUGCUUCAUCACCAGAUACUAUAUUUGAAACACAAACUCAAGCCUCAAAUACUAAGGAUACAACAGAAACUCCCAUUUCAACUGUGGUAACAACAGAACCUGCUGGAUCUCUGGAGGAAGAUUACACAACUACAAUCCCUCGGGGAGUUCCUAAAAUUAUGCCUACUACAGAGGAAACAGAAACCAUACCUUCAACAGCCUUACAAGAAGGUACAUCGCUGCCUAUCAAAGUGAUGCCUAUUGUUCUUCCCAACAUUGAUGACCCUUCCAAUGAUGCCAAAAGUAAUGAGAUUGUUCCGACACUGCAAGAUUCCUUUCUUCAGAUACUUCAGCCUCCAACUAGAGAAUUUACCCCAACUGCAACUAAGUCUAAUACUCCAAGUGUACCAGCUAAUGUCAAUCUCAUGGAAAUUCUAAGCAGAAAAGAAACAUUUAGCUGGGCUUUGGCAGAUGGAACAUCUGACCCAUCUUAAGUUUGAUGGCAAAGCUAAAGGGCAUAUGACUACCUAUAAACAAGACUUGGGAAAGAAAGCUAUGGGAAUCAUGUUUUGAAAGAAGCUGGUAUGCUUUUCAAUACAUUUAUUUGGAACACUGCUUUAAAAUAUUUUCCUAUAUAAGGUUACA